AUGAAUGAUGGUGGGGUGGUAAUCUUAACCACUGGUGUUGCCAAGAUUACUUUGCUUAGACCUGAAGUGUUAGAGAGACUGCAUGAGCAUAAACAACAUAUUCAAUGUGGAGAAUCCUUUCUCCCGACUUCAGAGAAUAUUGUAACCAAAGAAACUCUGCUUAGAAUUGCACCAUGGAAAAGCAAUAUAUGUAAUUCUUAUGGUAAAUCCCUCACUGAUUGCAAGGCUCUUCUAAUCCGUGAAAGGAUACACAGUGUAGUGAAUUCUCAUGGAUGGAAACAAUGUGGAAAAGCCUGCACUCAAUCUGAUACCUUUCACAUUCAUGAAACAUCUCACAUUAGUGAGAAACCCUAUGGAUAUAAAAAAUUGGGGAAAGCCUACACUCAUUCCAGUAUCCUUCAUAUUCAUGAGAGAAUUCACAGUGGAGAAAAAUCCUAUGGAUGUAAGCAAUGUGGGAAAGUUUUCACUCAAGCCAGUUACCUUCAAAUUCAUAAAAGGACUCACACUGGAAAGAAACCAUAUGGAUGUAAGAAAUGUGGGAAAUUCUUCACCCAUGCGUGUUACCUUCGAUAUCAUGAGAGAACUCACACUGGAGUAAAACCCUAUGCGUGUAAGCAAUGUGGGAAAAUUUUUGCUCAGGCAAGUAACCUUCGAAUUCAUGAAAGAACUCACACUGGAGAGAAACCUUAUGGAUGUGAGCAGUGUGGAAAAGCCUUUAUUCAAUCCAGUAAUCUUCAGAGACAUAGUAGAACUCACACUGGGGAGAAACCCUAUGUAUGUAAGCAUUGUGGGAAAGCUUACCAUCAUUCCAGUAACCUUCGUAUUCAUGAAAGAGCUCACACUGGAGAGAAAGUCUAUGUAUGUAAGCAAUGUGGGAAAGUUUUCACACAAGCCAGUUACCUUCGGAUUCAUGAAAGAACUCACAGUGGAGAGAAACCCUAUGGAUGUAAGCAGUGUGGGAAAGCCUUUAAUCAAGACAGUCAUCUUCAGAGACAUAGUAGAACUCACAGUGGAGAGAAACCCUAUGGAUGUAAGCAAUGUGGGAAAGCCUAUGCUUAUUCCAGUAACCUUCGUAUUCAUGAAAGAACUCACAGUGGAGAGAAACCAUAUGGAUGUAAGCAAUGUGGGAAAGCCUUUAAUCGAGCCAGUCACCUUCAGAGACAUAGUAGAACUCACACUGGAGAGAAACCCUAUGAUUGUAAGCAAUGUGGGAAAGUCUACACUGAUUGUAGGAACCUUCGUAUUCAUGAAAGAACUCAUAGUGGAGAGAAACCUUAUGGGUGUAACCAAUGUGGGAAAGUGUUCACAUGCCCCUCUACCCUUAAAAGACAUAAAGGCACUUAG